UUCCAAUGGUAAAGGUCGUUGAGGCCAGGAGGAUGGAAAGACAAGUGGAGCAACGAACAUGACGGUGCUAAUGAUGACGAACUAACUCGUACAGACGCUGAUCAGCGCAGAGAGGAGACAAGAUGAGGGCCAAUAAGGUCCUUCCACGAUCUGAAUCUCUUGUCCUACCAGAAGUGAUAAAUCCUUUUGUACACGACCUACAGUUGACAUGGUGGGAAAAAUUACAGGUGGCCAUCAUGUCUGUGACUAUUGCCCCUAUACGGCUAGUCAGCCUGUGUGUGAUCUUACUGUUAGCCUGGCCCGUGGCAGCAUUUGCUGUGGCGUUCAGAUCUAAGGAAGAAAAAGAACAAAUAGUUCCUGUGAGAGGAUGGAGAAGGCGCUGUAGUGGCCGGUUGCUGGAGUUUAUGGGAAGAGCUUGCUUUUUUGUCAUGGGCUUCCAUUAUGUUAACAUCAAGGGAAUACCAGCGUCUGACAUCGAUGCUCCACUUCUAGUCGUAGCUCCACACUCCUCCUUUUUUGACGUACUUGUGUUUUUUGUCCUAAAAAAUGGCCUUCCCAGUGGAGUGUCAAGAAUAGAAAGCGCUGGUACCAUGCUGAUAGGAACCUUGGCAACCUUUACUCAGCCCAUCUGGGUAUCGAGAGAGGACCCAAACUCUCGACAAAACACCAUUAAAGAGAUUAAAAGACGCGCACAGUCCAAAGGGGAAUGGCCGCAGAUUAUUGUCUUCCCAGAAGGCACCUGCACAAACCGUUCCUGUCUAAUUACAUUUAAACCAGGUGGAUUUUACCCAGGGGUCCCUGUUCAGCCAGUCUGCCUACGCUUUCCAAAUAGAUUAGAUACGUAUACUUGGACAUGGGAAGGCCCUGGGGCGUUUACACUCUUCUGGCUAACUUUAUGUCAAAUACACAACAGGUUUGAAGUGGAGUACCUACCUGUCUACAAACCAAAUGAAGAAGAAAUUGCAGACCCAAAGCUGUUUGCCAAGAAUGUCAGAGAGCAAAUGACAAAAUGUCUGAAUGUGCCUGCCACGGACCACACAUUUGAUGACUGUCGUCUCAUGACCUAUGCCGCCAAGCUCAAGUUACCAAUGGCAUCAGGCAUUGUAGAGUUUAACAAAGUGAACAAGAAGCUAGGCAUCACCUUUGAGGCAGCUAAAGCCAUGUUGGAGAAAUUCCGCCAAAUCCACACAGGAAAAGAGGGAAAGAUCACGGUACAAGAGUUGGCGGAACAUCUCAACUUGCCUGUAUCAGAAGCACUGGAGGAUGUUUUUACGAUGUAUGACAGGGAUAAUUCAGGUACCAUAGAUUUCCGUGAAUAUGUGAUAGGUUUAUCUCUAGUCUCUGAGCCUGCAAAUACUGAAGACACUAUUCAGCUGGCUUUUCAGCUGUUUGACUCUGAAGGCAAAGGCUAUCUAUCUGAGUCCGACUUGGCCCAGAUGUUGCACAAUGCAUUUGGCAUGAAUGAAGAAGGAGUGAGGAAGCUUUUCCAGCAGGUGGACAAAGACCAGGAUAGCAAGAUAAGCUUUGAUGAAUUCAAAGCCUAUGCAAAGCAGAAGCCAGAAUAUGCCAAGCUGUUCAUGACAUACCAAAAAUUGACAAACUCAGCAAAUAGCGAACAACCAUUUGAAGAACAAAUUGACAAUGAUGCUAAACAAAAGCAAGACUGACGGUGUUAUACCCAUAAUGCCAUGCCCAAGUUUAGCUCAGCUAUAGAUGUCGCUUCAGUGAAGAAUCAAGCAACAAGACAAGACUCAUUUGACAUUUAGAUUUCAAAUUUUGGGUUGUAUUUACUGUUUCAGGAAGCACCGUGAUGACUGAUUCAGAAAUCUUUUUAUUAAGAAAUCAAAGACUACAGUUUACUAAAUUUUCAUCAAAGCCCAGCUUCUUUACAAUUUCCAAAGCUACAUUAAUUUUCUCACGAGUGUUCUCCAUCAUCCAUCAAAAUACUAGGAUCUCAAACAAUCCCAACCACUUUGUAUACGUGAUGAUAUAAUUGUGAAGUGGUCAACCAAAAUCAGGCAGAUAUUUUAUAUUCAUUGUUAUGUGUUGUAAUAUUUGUUUUACAUUCUCUGGGUUUAGUCAUGGAUAGAGUUACUGCUCAAUUUUAUCUCUUUUUAUAUACUUAUAUGUAUCCCUUCACUCCCUAUAUAUGUAUUCGAUGUUGGGUGUUUUAUACAGAUAACUUAUACUUAUAUGAUUAUUGAUAUAUUAAAACAGUAGUGUCCUGAAAUGAUCUUAUUCUGGGAAAGAAAAGCUGUUGGAUGGCUACAUGCCAAUGGAUAUCAAGUUAAUAUACCCAGUUGCUUGGAUUUUAUCAAAAUUAUGAACUUCAAGACAAAAUCAGGUAGUAAAUUGGUCGAACUGAUUUCUCCACAAGGAAAAUAAUUCCUGAGUACUUGUCAUAAAUGUUUUGCCAUAAAUUGUUAUCGUAAUAUGUAAAAUGUGCUGCUGGUUGUGUGUGUAAAUAUUUUUGAGCUGUUUGUAUAAUAUGUGUAAUAUUUAAUGUGUAUAGGGUUUAUGCCUGCUGUGUUUUAAGAUCUGAAAUGUCGAUGAUCAGCUAGAUGUUGUUCUGUGAAAAACAAGUUUCUCAUGGAUGUCUGGGAAUUUGCAUCAAUCUCAGUCUUUUAGUUUUUAAUAAAUGAUUAGUAACAGUUGAAGUCAUGGCUCUUAUCAGAAUCCUCUUUUUUAUAUUCAGUUGUUGGAUAUUUUGAUGUUAAGCAAAGAAAUGCCAUAAUGGCUGCCAUCUUAAGUAACUAUAGCUGACUUUAAAAGUGAAAUCCAAACAAUUUCAGAGUGGAAUAGUCAUCCAGCUUAGACUAGUAAUAAAAUGUAUCACAGACCUGCUUUAUUUUUGGCUAGUGCUCAUGCUUUUGUAAUGCUUUAACAUGUUUUAAUUAGGCUAUCAGAUACUAAGGUUUUGAUCCUUCCUGUAUCCUCUUCAACAUUGUAAUGAGCUUUCUGAUUUAUACUGUAACUUAUAUUGAAAUAUAUGUACAUCUCAGUUUCACAUGCUAGAUUUUCUG